GACGGGAUGAACGCUUCGCUGCUCCCGCAGUCCCGUCCUUACCAACAUCGCUGUCGGAGGUACGCUCGUCCAUUCCAUCCGUGCAUUCGUCUUCUGCUACGAAGUUUGAAGUGUUGCAUAUCUCUUAACUGUACAGAAAUCCAAGAUGAAAAUCGACUACUAUUAUAUGCCGCUAAGUGCUCCGUGCAGGAGUGUCCUGCUCACGGCCAAGGCAUUGGAUGUGGAGCUCAACUGCAAGCUCACCAACCUUCUCAAUGGGGAGCACAUGACACCUGAAUAUAUUGCCAUGAAUCCCCAGCAUACGAUCCCUACCAUGGACGACAACGGGUUCCACCUUUGGGAAAGCCGUGCCAUCAUGACCUACCUGGCGAACAAGUAUGGAAAGAACGACAGUCUGUACCCGAAGGACCCCAAAGCCCGGGCAAUCGUUGAGCAAAGGCUCUACUUCGACAUGGGCACCCUCUACCUUCGAUUCGGCGAAUACAUCUCCCCGGUGAGGGGGAAGGAUGUCACUCUGGAUCCCGAGAAGAAGAAGAAACUGGAAGAGGCCCUGGGCUGGCUGGACGGAUUCAUCCACACGUCCGGCGGGUACUGUGCCGGCAAGCACGUCACUCUUGCCGAUUUCGCCAUAAUCGCCACCGUUGCUUCGAUUGAGGCGACGGGUGUGGUGGAGCUGGCCCAGUACAAGCAUCUGUCGGAAUGGUUCGCCAAAUGCAAGGGGGAGAUGAAAGGCUACGCUGAACUCAAUCACGAUGGAGCCGUCCAAUUCGGGGAUUUUGUUAAGAGCAAGAUCGCUGGCAAAUAAAUCCGGCGAAUAAAUUCAUCGAAAAUAAAUAAAUCGACUGAAC